UCCCUCAGUAUCAAAAGUAAGCUCACGUAGGCAACUUGGAGACGUGUUGAUUUUCGGUUCAAUAAAAUUUCCUGUGGCAAGUUCAAGUUUCCAACCCGUGGCGGGUUUGUGCCAUUUGUCGUUAUAACGUACGUGCUCGAUGAUAUAGUGUUCAAUAUCUAAGGACAAAAUGUGACCCAAUUCUUUCGGUGUACAAUAUCCACGUGAAUCAAAGGGUGAAAAAGUAAAAGUAUACGCAGUUAUGCAAUGUCAUCGCAAUGAUCUCACACCAAGAGGCUGUCGAAAGAUGCAGUAAAAAUGCAGCAUAAGAGAAGAGAAGAAAGUACAAAUUGCUAGAAGAAAAUCGCUAGGAGCAGAGCCAGAAAGAGUUCGAAAAUCUAUGAAAGCACUCCAAAAGCUUCAGUGUAUGUCGCAACAAGUUUGUGGUGGCGUAGAAUGGUAAUUCUAUCGCUGGUGAGCUGUGAAGACGAUUGAUUUCAGUGCACCAUCAACAUCUACGGCACGCGAUUUUCAAGAGGACAGCCAGGCAACCGAAUUCGAACGUUUUGUCCGUCCAUCGGAAUCGCGUUGGCUUAGUGUGGGCUGUAUGAAACGUGCUAGAAAAUAAAGUGAAGUGGCAAGGUGAUCGUACCAAGUUGGGGUCGUGAUAAGUGUUGGGUGUCCGUCUUUUUGCAUCAUGUUGUCAAGCUUUGUUCGAAACCACUACAACAACCACAAUCAGCCAUCGAUCGCAUACCGUGUUCGUCAAGUGUGCUGCCGAUGCACAUAUUUUAAUAGCUCAGAAUCAACCGUAAGGCCGUAUGCGACGAUGGAAAUAGCAUCGAAAACAGUAAUCGGACACCAGCUAUGAAUAAGAAACUCGAUCCACGGAACGAAAAAGAUGCCAUUGUGAUCUGAACCUCAGUCUAGAACGGAAGUGACGCUAGCGACAUCAGCGACGACGACGAUCAAGGACAAUCAAUCAACCGGUUUGGCAAUCUUUAGACAUCGGUCCAAUCAAUAGCUGCAGAAUAGUGUAGUGAAAUAUGAUAAAUAUUCAACACCUUUGUUGGACAUGCUGUGCGUACGUAGUGCUGGUUAGCAUCGUGAUGACGUCGAACCUGGCCAGUGCCUAUCGAGUCGGGGUGGGACGAGCCGACUGCACUGGACCACCGGUGGAGAUAACGUUUAUGGGCUAUGCACAACUAUCCCAGAGGGGCUAUGGAAUUCACCUAAGACAGUAUUCUCGAGCAUUUAUCUUCGAAGAAAGUGGCAAACGAGCAGUAUUCGUCAGCGUAGACGCAGGGAUGAUGGGUCACGCAGUGAAACGUGACGUCAUAGCAGUACUUCAGAAAAAGUACGGGGAACUCUACACCAUGGAAAACGUGGUCAUCAGUGGGUCCCAUACUCACGGUACUCCUGGAGGAUUUCUGAUGUACUUGUUGUACGACAUGACAUCGUUGGGAUUCGUAUCGGAAACGUUCAAUGCGUUGGUUAGAGGAAUAGCUCAGAGUAUAAUUAGGGCUCACAACAGCAUGAUCGAUGCUAAGAUUUACGUGUCGGAAAUCGACGUGGAAGAUGCGAACAUCAACAGGAGCCCCAGCGCUUACGAGAAUAACCCGGAAGAAGAGAAAGCGCAAUACAAAGAUAACGUUGACAAACGACUGGUGCAAAUGAGAAUGGUCAACAAGAAUAACGUGGUGUUUGGAGCCAUCAAUUGGUUUGCCGUGCAUCCUACAUCGAUGAACAACACAAACCGUUACGUAUCGACUGAUAAUGUAGGCUACGCAUCCGUUCUGCUUGAGCAGGAGCGAAAUAAAAAUAGUUUAAUAGGGAAAGGCGAGUUCGUGGGAGUAUUUGCCUCAACAAAUUUGGGAGAUGUGUCCCCGAACAUCAUGGGGCCAAAAUGUGAGAAAACUGGACUUCCCUGUGAUGUACUGACAUCAUCUUGUCCUUCCGGCGCAGGAGCUUGUUUCGCAUCUGGCCCUGGAAAGGAUAUGUACGAGAGCACCAAAAUAAUUGCAACUCGUCUGUACGACGCAGCAUCGCUUCUAUUAAGAAAAUCCAAUGGACGAGAGGUAACUGGACCGAUUGGAUUCGUGCACCAAUUUGUCGAUAUGACAAAAGCUGAGGCCGUGUACUUCAAUCCCAAAACGCGCGAGUUUCAACAAGUUCGAGGAUGUUAUCCAGCGAUGGGCUACAGUUUUGCAGCUGGAACGACUGAUGGUCCGGGAGCAUUCGAUUUCCAGCAGGGAACGAUAACAGAUAAUGCUCUUUGGAAUGCUGUUCGUGAUUUCAUUGCAGAACCCACAGCUGACGACAAAGAGUGUCAAGCUCCAAAGCCAAUCCUUUUGGCCACAGGAAGGGCCACGUUCCCAUACGAUUGGCAACCGAAGAUUGUACCGACUCAAAUUCUACUGAUUGGUGACUUUGCUAUAGCAGCUGUACCUGGGGAGUUCACCACGAUGUCAGGCAGAAGAAUGAGGAACGAGCUUUCUAGGGCAUCCGUUGCAGCAGGUGGCAAGGAACUGCAAGUCGUUAUAGCGGGAUUGUCUAACAUGUACUCCAGUUACAUCGCAACUCCAGAAGAAUAUGAAAUUCAAAGAUAUGAAGGUGCUUCCACCCUUUUUGGGCCACAUACCCUAACUAUCUAUAUCCAACAAUACAAGAAAAUGAUUGGUUCGAUUUACAAAAACGAAACCUUGGACGACGGACCGAGUCCUCCGUAUCAAGACGAUAAACAGAUCUCUCUGAUGACUGGAGUUAUCUUCGACGGUCACCCUAUUGGGCGUGAGUUUGGAUCGGUCAAGGUUCAACCUUUGAAUACGUAUGAACGAGGAGACACUGUGUACACAACCUUCAUAAGUGGAAAUCCCAGGAAUAAUUUGAUGCACGAUAAAACCUACUUCACCGUUGAGCAAAAGCAGAUCGAUGGAAACUGGACAGUAAUUGCCACAGACGCCAACUGGGAAACAAAGUUCAAGUGGGAACGCCAAUCAACAAUCCUCGGUUUCAGCGAUAUUGAGUUCUCGUGGGAAAUCGGACCCAACGUAAAGUUGGGAACAUACCGGAUCAGGCAUUUUGGAUAUUACCGGUACAUACUUGGAGGUGUGUACCCAUACACAGGUUCGACAAAAACAUUCAUUGUGGAGUGAUUGAAAUGUUGCCAACAUUUAAAGUAAGAAGCAGUUUAAAUAUGUGAUAAGUGAGAGAAUGAACCCUGAUAAAUAAUGAUCAAACGUUGAGCAAUGAUGAGGUUGUAGGAUAGUAAAGAGACUGCGAAAUGAAGUUCAAGGCGCUGGUUAUCCAGAUUUUUGCCAGGAUUUCCUGGUAGCUACAAAUUGGAACCAAAAAACCUAGUCAAUAACGAUACCUGUAGGUCACAAAUAAUAUGAAUAAUUUGAAAACAUGA